AUGACAUUAAUGAUCUAUUAGAUCAAGAGAAUAAGGAUGUCAGCAAUUCCAGUGUUGGCAAAGACAUCAUUGACAUGCAAGAUCAAAUAUAAGUUCUUAUAAAAUAAAUUUAAAACAGCCUCCAAAUACUUGAUAACAACACAGGACAUCUUGCAGGUUGAUAACAAAAGUAUAAUUCACUUAAAUCUUUUAAAGCAACAAAUAAAUUAACUGAAAUUCUACAAAAAAGAAAUCGAUAUAUUUUUUCAAGCAUGCAAACUAUUGGAACAGCAAUUACAACAGAAACGAAAGACUAUGACAGCUAAUUCAUCAUUAAAAUAAAAUGAUCCUAAACUAAAACCUAUUGAUGAUUUGUAAGAGUAAUUUAUGCAUAAUUAUUAUGAUAUAGAAAGUUAAAUAAUAAGGGAAAAAGGUGAAAACGUUCAAAAGCUAGCAUUAAAUGUAUAGAUGUUAAAUAAAGUACUUGAAGAUGUGGCAUUUCAAGUCGAUUUAGCAGAUAAACCUCCUGAUCUAGUUGCUGAAAAUCAAGAGACAACAAAAAUAAAUUUAGUUGAUGCCAAUGUGGAAUUAGUCAAAGCUCAAGACUCUUAAAAGUCAGCGAAUAAGAAAUUGAUAAUAAUAGCGUCUUUGAUGGCUAUUCUUGUUGGAGUUUUGAUUAUAAUUUUAAUUUACAAUUGGAAGUGA